UGCUCGCACCCUUUCUUUGCCAGCCAGCCCUGCUUCAGCGUAGUUUUGCCUAAACCACGAGCCUUAGUGCACAGAAGUUGCUCCCUUUUCGACGGUCACCGCUGUGAUGGCUGGGAAUAGAGGAAGGGGACGUGCUGCUUAUACCUUUAAUAUUGAAGCAGUUGGGUUCACCCGAGGUGAAAAGUUACCUGAUGUUGUGCUGAAACCGCCUCCGAUGUUUCCUGAUACAGAUUAUAAACCAGUGCCCCUGAGAACAGGAGAAGGUGAAGAGUAUAUGCUGGCCCUGAAGCAGGAGCUGAGAGAAACAAUGAAAAGAAUGCCUUAUUUCAUAGAACCGCAUGAAGAAAAACAAGAUAUUGAAAGGUAUAGUAAAAACCAUAUGAAAAUAUACAAAGAAGAAUGGGUGCCAGGUAAUAUAAAAUAGAGUAUGUGGAGGAGGGGAAAAAGGGAGCUGAUACCAAAAUAUUUAGAAAAUAAUGCAGCCCCCAAAUCCAAAAAGGCAGAAGAUGCCAGCAAAGCCGCUUCCGUCACAAAUAGUAUGGAUGUGUUGAAAAAAAUUGAGGAAUUGGAAAAGAGAGGUGAUGGUGAGAAAUCAGACGAGGAAACUGAAGAGAAAGAAGGAGGUAAAGAGAAAAAUAAAGAAGGGGACGAUGAUGAAGAAGAUGCUGCUGCAGAACAGGAGGAGUACGAUGAAGAGGAACAGGAAGAGGAAAAUGACUACAUUAAUUCUUACUUUGACAAUGGAGAUGAUUUUGGUGCAGACAGCGAUGACAACAUGGAUGAAGCAACCUAUUAGUCAUGACAUGGCUCAAAACAUUUCAGGAUGCAAUUUCGGAACAUUUGGACAGGCUUCUUUUCAUUUUCAUUUCUGAUAAGAAAGGAGUAAGUAUUCUAUUUUUGUUCCUGCUGUGUUCAAAAGUUGUUACUGAAAGUUUCAGAACCACAUUGUUUACACAGUAGUUGGCGUACAUCUGAAUGCGUGAUACUCCGAUGUUCCCUGGAAACACUCUGCCAACCUUUUAUGUAUUCAAAGUCGUCUUUGGGUUCGAUUGUGCCUGAAAAGCCUUUGAACAUCUCUCAGUCUAUGCAUUCAUACUUGAACAAAUGAUUAUUGUUUAACUUUUGGUCCAUUAUAAAACUCUUACUCAUCAUCCUCAUGGAUUUCUGCAGUCUAAAACAUCAUUUUCCCUCGUCUAAAACACUGCACAUUGAGCACUUUAAAAACAAAGAAACUUGAAAAUAAUUUUAUUUUUACUUUCCAUGAUAUGUUUUAAUCUACUUUGUUAUGACUACAUAAACCAAGUACAGAGUUUGGAGAUUAGAAGUUUUAUGAUUGAAAAUAAACAUAUCAGGAAAAGGGUUGAUAAGAGAAAUACUUGAAUGUGGAACUAACUUCAUUUAUACAAUACAAACUUAAAGAACAUUGGAAAAGAGCACAAAUUGAGUACAUCAAAAAUAUGCCCAAACUGCUAUUUUGAGAUGGUAUAAAUCAAAGAGCAUGGAAUUCUUUAAAGAAAGGUUAGAGAGAUGGAAACCCUACCUACAGACAUGUGUAGAUUUAGGUGGGGUCGAAAUUGUUAAACAAUGUUUUUACAUUAUGAUAUUUUUAUUUAAUGAAGUUUUUUAUGAUUCAGAAGCAAUAUUUUUAACUUACCCUAGUAUUUGAAUUCACUAUCCUCUUGUGAUAAGUUUGACAUUUUUGAAUAAUUGGGCUUUUGAAAAAAAUCAGACUGUGACAUUUCAUUUAAGUUUGUAACACAAAAGUGUGAACUGAGUUCUGAUUAUGUAAAUCUCAGAACAGUAUGUGUGACCUCUUCUGUUUCAUAGGACUCAUAAAUUGUACAACUGGUUUAUAGUCCAAUGCAGGAUAAACUCAGGUAAUUUUGAAAUUAAGAUUAAUAUUUUUUGGGGGGUGGCUAAAGUAAAAGCUAGCCCCUAUGUCUUUUUGUAUUUCUUGGGGAAAAACCUCAAAACCUUAGCCUUCAAAAACUAUAUAUAUAUGACAAACACCAAAGACAUUCAAGGGAAUUCUAGUGUAGUACGGGGAUUCAUAAAGUUUGUGGGGAAAAAUUCCAUUAUUUUUCCACAAACCUUUGAAGGUCCUCAUGUUAUUAAAAGGACUUAUUAAUAUUACAAAAUAAAUAAUUUAUUUUUCCUUUUUGGACAGUACCACCGGCCAUCCACAACCUGAGAAUUAAAGAGACCUAGAUUCUGCCUAGCUGUAUUAUUAGGGUCAACUUUGAAACUGACCUUGGUUAUGUUUUCUGUGCCUUAGUUUUGCCAUUUGUGAAUAAUUUCCUAUAAAAAUUGUGAUAACAUCAACCAAAAAUUACCACUUGCACUAUCUUACCUUAUAAAAAUCAUCACUUCCUAAUUUUAAUUUGGUUCUGACCCUAUAAAUUAUAGCUUGGAAAAAUACAAAAAAUACAGUUUUAAGAAACAAACAUGUUUUCCUCAUAAAAAAAUUGUAAUUUUGG